UGCAACUGUUAAUGACAGUUAUUAACACGGUUUGAGGCAGUUUGACGAAGCAGUGUCACUUCGUGGGCAGCUUUUCGGGAAGGAGAAGGACGGCAACAGAAAGAGGCAGAUAGAACAAGUGGAGAAAGACAAAAACAUGCAUAAAUACAGCGAGAGGAUCUGAACUUUGAGAAGAGACCAAGCACUCAUAAGAUUGGCUGCCAGUAAAAGAAAGGACAUUUGAGAUAAACUCCUAAUGGCUAUUUAGCCAGUCAUAACUGAGGAUUUAAGGGGCAGCACCUAAGGACAAAGACCUUCCCACCUGCAAGACACACCUCAGCAUGAGUCACCUUAUCUUUCAACUGCAGUCUGCCUAAAGACUACUGGCCUGAUUCUGCGAUCCUGUUCGAGACCAGCCUCUUACCUCACAGUUGCCACAGCUGCAACAGGGACUUCAUCCCGGGACAAUGAGGGUGCAGGUAGUCAUGUGACUCCUCCUAUACACACUGGGUGGCGAGCUGCUUCUUUUCUCCUGAUGACAAGAGACAAAGUUCAUGCAGAGGCUCACGUUUCUUGCCAAAACCCAACGCCCCUGUGUCCUGACAAAACCACAAAAGACAACACUGGUCCGGUCAUGGAGUUUGCAGAGUUGAUAAAGACACCCAGGGUGGACGGGGUUGUCCUUCAUCGACCCUUCAUGCCCACUGUUGAGGGGACACUGUGUUUGACUGGUCAUCACCUGAUUCUGUCCUCCAGACAGGACAACACAGAGGAGCUGUGGCUGCUUCACUCAAACAUUGACUGCAUUGAGAAAAGGUUUGUGGGGUCUCUGGGAAGCAUCAUAGUUAAAUGCAAAGACCUGAGGGUGAUCCAGCUCGACAUACCUGGCAUGGAGGAGUGUCUCAACAUCGCCAGCUCUAUUGAGGCUCUGUCCACACUUGAUUCACUUUCCUUGAUGUACCCUUUCUUCUACCGGCCAAUGUUUGAAGUCAUAGAAGACGGCUGGAAUUCAUUUCUUCCAGAAGACGCCUUUAAAGAUUUGGAGUCGAUGACAGAUGAAUGGAGACUGAGUGAAGUCAACAAGGACUUCAGCGUGUGUCCAUCAUACCCUCCUUUAGUGGUAGUGCCCAAAGAUGUUGAUGAUGACACACUGAGGAAAGUAGCUACUUUCCGUCAUGGUGGUCGUUUUCCGGUACUCAGCUACUACCACAAGAAGAAUGGCAUGGUGAUGAUGCGAGCAGGGCAGCCACUGACAGGCACCAACGGGCGGCGGUGUAAGGAAGACGAGAAGCUGAUCAAUGCCACCCUGCGGCCAGGCAAACGUGGCUACAUCAUUGACACGCGCACCAUCAAUGUCGCCCAGCAGGCCAAAGCUCGAGGUGGAGGAUUUGAGUCAGAGGCUAACUACCCUCAGUGGAGGAGGAUUCACAAAGCAAUCGAAAGGUCUAACAUCCUCCAGGAGAGCCUGAUAAAGCUGGUAGAGGCAUGUAACGACCAGUCGCACAGUAUGGACCGCUGGUUGAGCAAGCUAGAGGCCUCCAACUGGCAGACUCAUGUCAAGGAGAUCCUCACCACUGCCUGCCUGGCUGCCCAGUGUAUCGACAGGGAGGGGGCGUCGGUGCUCGUUCAUGGUACAGAGGGGACAGACUCCACCCUGCAGGUGACCUCCUUGGCUCAGAUCAUCCUUGAUCCAGCCUGCAGGACUAUCAGAGGCUUCCAAGGCCUGGUGGAGCGAGAGUGGCUCCAGGCGGGUCACCCGUUCCAGCAGCGCUGCGCCCUGUCAGCCUACUCCAACAGCAAGCCCCGACAAGAGGCUCCUGCCUUCCUGCUCUUCUUGGACUGUGUGUGGCAGAUCCUUCGCCAGUUUCCGUGCUCCUUUGAAUUCAGCGAGAGCUUCCUGGUGCUGGUCUUUGAGCACGCCUAUGCUUCUCAGUUUGGCACCUUCUUGGGCAACAGCACAGCCGAGAGAGCCAAACUGUCUCUGCCUGAGAAGACUGUGUCUCUUUGGUCGUGGGUGAAUCGGCCUCAAGAACUGGAGCGUCUGACCAACCCGCUCUACGAGGCCAACAGUCUUGUGAUCUGGCCCUCUGUGGCCCCUCAGAGUCUGCUGCUGUGGGAAGGAGUGUUCCUGCGAUGGAACCGCUCCUCCAAGUGUUUGGACGAGGCCCACGAGGAAAUGGUUCAUAUAAUUGAAUACAACAAGGAGCUUCAGAACAAGGUAAACAGCCUGCGCAGGCAGCUGGCGCAGCUUGAAACUGAAGAUCCUCUGCUGCAGACGCCAUAGAGGGAGAGAGAGGAGAGAGACAGAGCUGCGAAAGCAAGCGCAUUGAAAGAAAGAGGUAGAAAAUGUGAAUAUUCAACAAAAACAGAUCAAUAUCAGCCUGAUUUUAAGCUUCGAUUAGGCAAAUCUUUUUCAGAUAUUUAAAAAUAUAUAGUUCUAACCAAUAUAAUUUGAUGCUACAUUUUAGUUUCUCACACAGAUAUUAAAUGAAAUUGCUCUGCACCCAGAUUAAUAUCAAAAUUAGCUCUCUUUGAUGUUUGCAUUUAUGCAGUUAUAUUUGUGCCCUGACACUUAUAGAUAGCAAAUUCAUAAUGGUGUGUCAUUAAAACUAAGCGGGAAUGAGAGGGAAAGAAAAGAGCCAGUCAUUUCUUAGAGUGCUGCUAAAAGCCAAACACUUAUCAUCUCAUAUCUCUCUAACAUAGAGCUUUAUUUGAAAUCGCUGUGGCA